CAUUUUAUCACAUUUUUUAGCAGCUAGAACCAGUCUCUCGCGUGUGUGUGUGUGAGAGAGAGAGUGUGAACCUUUUUAUGAAGAUGGCAUUAGGCCGGUCCCAAUAAAUCUAUUUGUGUGUUUGUUUGAGUUUAUCAUCAUUUUCAACCUUUUAUGAGGACAAAAUUUGGCCAGUAUAAGUGUGUGUGUGUUUGCAUAUUUGUAGUUCACUGUGAAGCCAAGAUUGUCUCCUCUCUCUCUCUCUCUCUCUCUCUCUCUCUCUCUCUCUCUCUCUCUCUCUCUCUCUCUCUCUCUCUCUCUCUCUCUGUCUGUCUGUCUGUCUGUCUGUGUCUCUCACUCACUCACACACACACUUCAGCAUAUCAGAGUUUCCACACACUUACACCUCUAAUUGUUGUUCUUGUGUUUGUGGAAGUUUGUAUUCAGUUGUGAAUGUAACAGAUGAACACCUUUAGUCUCCUGGGUAUUCUGGGUAUUAGUGUGGAACAAGAUAAUGCUCAUGUUCAGUAUGAAUCAGUUAGAUGUUCGUAUAAGCUGUUCAGGUCUUGUGUGUGUGUGUGUGUGUUGUGCUCGAGUGCUUCUACUCCGUUAUCAGGUGUAGCUGCGGUUGCUCAGGUGUGAUGGCCGAGCAGAUUAAUAAUUCAGCACCCGAAACCAGAUCAAAUAUUCUCUCUCUCUCUCUCUCUCUCUCUCUCUCUCUCUCUCUCUCUCUCUCUCUCUCCCCCCCUCUCGCCCUCUCUCUCUCUCUCUGCACCAGGUGCUAAGAGCUAGUUGAAGAGACCAAUUACAGACGCAUCCUCACUCAUACACUGAACACACACACACACACACACACAUUAACUAGUGUGUUCAGGACCAAAACCUGCAAUCCAGAGACUUUCAGCGUCUGAGUGGUAACACAAUGUCUGGAGCUAAUAGUGAUCACCUGCACCGGUCCACUUUAAGCAUCUAUUCACAUCUGAUGGAACAGUUUAACCCUGGCCUACAACAGCUGGUCACUUUAGGUAACAGCUACGUCAAAGCUUUUCAAGCAUUGGCGUUGACAAGUGAGGCCUACUUUAGUGCACUGACAAAGAUGGGAGAGCAGGCUCUCCACACACUCUCAUCCCGCUCGCUUGGUGAUGUGUUGAUCCAGAUCUCAGAGACCCAGAGGAAGCUUACAGCAGAAGUGGAGGGAGUGUUCUGCUGGUUCCAGGUGGAGGUGUUGCAGGCCCUGGAUAAGAACGUCAGGCUCGAUGAGGAGUACAUAGGCGGCAGCAGGAGAGUGUAUGAGCUGGAGGUAAGAAAUCAGGCGGCGAAUCUGGAAAGGCAGCUGAGACGAGGAGCGUACAGAGACUCUCUGGAGGGCAGUGAGUACAUGCAGUAUUUGAGGCAGAGCCAGUACGAGAUCCUGAAAGAAGAGGAGCGGAGAUAUCGCUUUCUCACAGAGAAACACUGUGGAUUAGCGCAGUCUCUGCUCUUCCUCCUCAACAAGACAGGGGCGUCUCUGCAGCAGAAGGCUGAAGGAUGGAAGGAGAGAGUGAACGAGAGUCAGAGCUCCAGGUCACGCACUCCAACGCCGUUAGAACAGGACACACACUUGAGGGCCGCAGUGAGUUCUCUACUCCAGCCUGGAGACAGGGACGAGGGCUGGCCAGGGCAAGAUAACCAGUUGGGCAGGGUUCCUUCCAGAGCUCCGUCUCCUCUCCAGACACGCUCUCGUUCCGGCUCAGUGAGCGAGUCCCCGACCGUCAGCGGAGGUCAGUCGGUCAGAGCACUCGUCUCUCACCCUGCCUCAUCAAACCCCGUGCUGCUCCCGUUCUCUCGGGGCGACACGAUCACGCUGCUCGUACCUGAGCCACGCAAUGGCUGGAUGUACGGUCGCCAUGACGCCAGCCUACGACAGGGCUGGUUUCCCGCCUCCUACAUUGCUCCUGUAGAAGAUCUCUCCUCCCUGAGCUCGAGCGGUGCGUCGCUCCGAAACCACAGCAUGAACAACCUCCUGGAACCGACAAGCCAAUCAGAAUCCGUCGAUAACAGAAACUAUGGCGAGAUCCCGCCCCCGGCCCCGCCCCUUCCCAGAGGCUCCAACGACCUCCGUACCCUCUCCCCGCUUCUGGACAGGAAGGCGGAGACUGUGUAUGAGGUAAAGGCGGGUCAGAGCUACAGCGAGAUCCCGCCCCCGGCGCCACCCAUUCGGAGAGCGUCGGGGGAUUUCCGUCCGGUCUCGCCGCUCCUGGACAGGAGGGCGGAGUCUCACUUCGAGAGCAUGACUGGUUACUCCGUUCCUGAAAGAAAGGCAGAGCCAAACGUAGAGAGACCGAACCCUCACAGGCAGAUGGCAGAGCAUCCUCUCUUUCCCAGGGGAUCGAAUCCUUUUGCUACGGUGAAGCUCCGCCCCACGGUGACCAAUGACAGAUCAGCACCGAGAAUCCACUGACCGAUAGGAGCAGCAGGCGAAAACGGCUCACUCUGAUCGGCUCUGAGACUUCACCAAAACACCAUGAGCUUCGGAGCAACAGAAAUUCGAGACGCGUUUUGGGAUUGUUCUUCCAAUUUCAUAAAAUGUGCCGUAAUUCUACGCUGAAUUCCGAAAUCUCCGAUCAUCAAACACAUCACAACGAUUUUAGCUACACGGAUAAACCUCACUGCUGCUUGUUUUUUUUCUUGAACAUGUUCGUGGAAGAUAAAUCUCUUCUUUACGCUGAAUUAUCUUGCAUGGCUGUGGCCUAAUAUUAUUUAGCACAGUAUGGUUUGCCUGUUAGCUAGCAUUUCUUCACUAAGUGCUUGUUAGUUUGGUUUUACUCUAUAGAUACUACUUGGGUAGAUUUAGUUAGAUCGAUCGUCUUUCAAUUGAGAUUGGAUUUUUAAUCACUAGGGUAAUUUUCGCCUUGCUAGGUUAGCAAUUGCUAGCUGGAUUAUGUUUCCCUUGCUAAAUCUGAGAUUAGCUUUUGUUAAUUGUUGAUUUCACAUUUUUUUAGCUAGCAGUUGCUAGCUUGAUUAGGUUUAUUUUGCUUAUUUACAUUAGUCUUCCAAUUUAGCUUUUGUUUGCUAAUAUGUUAGCCUUGACUGGAUAGAAUAGCUGUUGCUAGCUAGAUUACGGUUCAGCUUUAUCUAUGGAUAUUUUGCUCAGAUUUGACUCAUGAUAAAAGCUGAGCGUGUGG